AUAAUCAUCCAUCUUACAAUCUCACGUGUGUUUUGUUGAGGUUAUGUUGUGACACAGUGUUAAAAAUUCAAAAAUUCUACCAAAUUUUUUCAUUGCGCCCUCUAAGUAACAGUAUUUUUUACAUUCACGUGUUCAAUUAGCUGACUACCCUCAGAAUACACACUCAUUGCUGCUACCGCCUUCAAUUUUUUCUCUAACACAAGUUAAGACCCACUGCCACUCUCCUGCCAUGAUGAAAUCUUCCUUCCACUGUGUGAUAUUUUCUUCUACUGAAACGCUGAGCUACAUCUCUCCAAUUGUCUCAAGUAUCAACUUUCACAGCGAACAGUUUUCACCAACAAGAGGAACCUAGCGACCUUUUGAAUUAAUCGUCCUGUGAAAUCUCCUUCAAAAUUUUGUAAGGGCACUUUUUACUUAAUGCCUCCUUAAAUUUUUUGUGUCAUGUUUUGCUUUUGUCCUUAUAUGUCUUGCUGACUGUCAGCACUUCAGCGCUUGAUUACUCAGAAUUUGUGCUGCCUUUAGGGUUUAUUGUAAAAACUAUAACCGUACAUAAUUCAAAAGAAUAUAUCCAUCAUAAUUUUAUCCUUUUCCAAAAUGAAAAAUAUUGGCCUUGAAAGAGUGAAGGAGCUGCAAAAACAUGUUGACAGAAUCCGAAACAUUUGUAUUAUGGCCCAUGUUGACCAUGGAAAAACAACCUUAGCUGACUCCCUUGUGGCUAGCAAUGGCAUCAUUUCUCAGAAAUUAGUCGGAAAGUUGAGGUAUAUGGACAGUCGGGUUGAUGAGCAAGAACGCGGAAUUACUAUGAAAAGCAGCUCCAUAGCUUUGUAUUACUUAAAAGAUGAAAAAGAUUAUUUAAUUAAUUUAAUAGAUUCACCUGGUCAUGUUGACUUUUCAUCCGAAGUUUCUACCGCUGUCAGAAUUUGUGAUGGAGCUAUAAUACUAGUAGAUGUUCUUGAAGGAGUGUGUCCGCAGACCAAAGUUUCGUUGAAACAAGCAUGGUUAGAAAAUAUUAAACCAGUGUUAGUAUUCAAUAAAAUAGACCGGCUAAUAUUAGAGAGGCAGUUGACGCCUUUAGAUGCCUAUAUUCAUCUCACCCAAGUUUUAGAACAAGUAAAUGCAGUAAUUGGAGAAUUGUUCACCUCUGAUGUUCUCUUGAAAGAAGAUGAACAACCUAAAAGUGCAACGGAGUCUGGAGAUAUGUAUGCCAAUUGGAGCUCAGGACUUGACGCUGCUGAUGAUUCGGAGUGUUACUUUUCUCCAGACCAAGGAAAUGUAAUAUUUGCUAGUGCCAUCGAUGGUUGGGGAUUCAGUGUCAAGAAGUUUGCCAAAUUAUAUUCUCAGAAACUAGGUAUCGACGAAUCUCAGUUGCAACAGGGUAUAUGGGGAGAUUAUUACUUAAAUAAGAAAACCAUGCAAAUAGUCAAAGGAGCGCAGGAAAAAGCAAAGAAACCUCUAUUCGUCCAGUUUAUUUUUGAAAAUAUUUGGUCGCUGUAUGAUACAAUUCUCAUCCGCAAAGACACAGAUAAAUUGUUAAAAAUUGUUGAAAGUCUGAAUUUGGAGAUGAAGCAGCGAGAUUUGCGGCAGACUGAUGCAAGAGCGAAACUUCAAAUAGUGUUCAGUCAGUGGUUACCUCUUGCUGAGGCUGUAUUGAGCAUGGUCUGCACUGAAUGUCCAGCCCCAAAUGAAUUAUCUGACAAAAAGGUUGAGAAACUUCUGUCCUCAUCAAAUCAGCCUUUCCAGAACCUACCACCUCAAAGUCAAGCUCUGAAGUCAGAGUUUUUGAAAUGUUCCAGCAGUGAUGAAACGCCUCUUGUGAUAUUUGUCUCCAAAAUGUUUCCUGUAGAAAGGAAAUGUUUACCUGUAAACAAGCAGCAGCCUCUUACAAUGGAAGAAAUCGCUCGUAGAAGAGAACUUAUAGCCAAAGCAAAGUUAGCCAGAGAGGCUGGAAUCACUCCUAGCACAGAAAAAAAGGAGCCUGAAAAAACUGAUGGAUCCGAAACUGCAGACAGCAAAUUAGCAUCAGUUGCCAGUGAUAAAGAAACUGUGGUUUCUGCAGAAAAAGCAGAAGAAUCUGAACAUGUAUUUGUGGCUUUCGCUCGAGUUUAUUGUGGCUGCGCACGGAAAGGUGCAGAGGUGUUUGUCCUAGGCCCUAAGCACAAUCCAGCACUUGCCUUGAAAAUGGCAGAAAUGGGUCAUGUUAUAGAUGAUAAAUUAACGCUACAAAAUCUUUCCCAGGGUCAACAUAUUAUGCGUGCGAAACUUUCCGAUCUAUACUUACUUAUGGGAAGAGAACUUGAGAGUCUUGAUGAAGUGCCUGCUGGUAAUGUCUUUGGGAUUGGAGGUCUUGAAGACUACAUCGUAAAAACGGGUACUUUGUCCACAGAAUUAGCUUGUCCGGCUUUUAGUGAGUUAAAUCUAAUGGCAGUCCCAAUCUUGAGAGUAGCAGUUGAGCCUGUCCACCCUGCAGAGUUACCGAAACUUAUGAAAGGUCUGAAAAUCCUAAAUCAGGCUGAUGCUUGUGUCCAAGUCAUCAUUCAAGAAACAGGUGAACAUGUGCUUGUUACUGCCGGAGAAGUGCAUCUCCAGCGAUGUAUUGAUGAUUUGGAGCAACGGUAUGCAAAAAUUAAAGUUCGUGCCUCUGAACCAAUCGUCCCAUUCCGUGAAACCAUAGUUCCUCCACCCUCAGUAGAUAUGGUAAAUGAAGCUAUCACACCUUCUCAACCACAACCUAUGAAAAAAGAAGGUGACAAGGAUGGAACUAGUGAAUUGAUAACGAUGAAAACAGCUAAUUCUCAAUCAACCAUCAUCCUCAAAGCUGUGCCUUUACCUCAAGAUGUUACGAAAUUUUUAGAAAACAAUUCAGAGUUAAUAAAAAUUAUCUAUAAGUCAACUAGUAUCGAAAAGAAAUCUGUCUCAGAAUCAUUGGUUACAGACGAAAUGAAUCUUAUGAAUCUAGAAGAAAAAGAUUUGCUAUUGGAUGAGAAAACAGCAAGCACUGUUAAGUCCUUCAAAGAAAAAUUAAGAGGUAUGUUUAAAGAGGCUGGAGAACCUUGGAGUGAAAAUUCAGUCGAUGAAAUCUGGAGUUUUGGUCCUCGGUGUUGUGGACCCAACAUUCUUGUCAAUCAGAUUUCCAGCUAUAAAGAACGUUCUAUCUGGGAAAAAGUGGAAGCUCACCAAUCCAAUCCAUUAACCGAGUAUGAUAGUAGUUUCAUCGGUGGUUUUCAGCUUGCAACUUUGGCAGGACCUCUGUGUGAAGAACCCAUGAUGGGCGUCGCAUUUGUAGUUCAAGACUGGACUGUAGAUUUCAGUGAUAUCCGUCCCACAAAUUUGGCUUUUGGUCCACUAUCUGGUCAAAUAAUGUCCGCCGUAAAAGACGGUUGCCGUAAAGCAUUUCAAGCUCAGCCUCAGCGUUUAAUGGCAGCAAUGUACAGUUGUUCGAUCCUUGUGAGUGCGGAAGUGUUAGGAAAAAUGUAUGGAGUUCUAGGUAAACGGCAUGGUAGGGUUCUGCAUGGUGACCUAAGUGAGGGCUCCUCAUCUUUUAAUGUAACUGCUGUACUUCCCGUUGUAGAAAGUUUUUCCUUCGCUCCUGAAAUACGUAGGCAGACCUCUGGUUUAGCGAGCCCUCAGUUAGUCUUCAGUCACUGGGAAGUCAUUGAUAUUGAUCCUUUUUGGGAACCUAGCACAAUGGAAGAAUAUCUGCAUUAUGGAGAGAAGGCAGAUUCUGAAAAUAGGGCUCGUAUCUAUAUGAAUGCUGUCCGAAAACGUAAAGGGCUCUCAAUCUCUGAAAAGUUAGUUGAACAUGCUGAAAAGCAAAGAACAUUGUCGAAAAACAAAUGAAAAAUUGAUUUUAAAUGUAUUCUUAGAUAUAGCUUCAAUUUUAAGUUUUGUUAAAUGCUGCCUAGUACAUUCAUUGUUUAGUUUUUAAUAAAAUAAGGGUUCAACCUA